UAUUCUUCAGCCUCUGCAGGCGGGGCACAGAUGAGGGUCUCUCAUCUUUGAAUGUUUUUCUUUCGAUUUUGAUUUCAAGGCGUAUAGAUGUUGAAAUGGCGUCAGAUUCAGUGUGUGAUCUGAGGAUUGUGCUGAUAGGAAAGAAUGGAUCAGAAAACAGCCGAGUGGGGAACACUUUACUGGGAACAGAAGCGUUUCACAGUGAAGCUGUGUCUUAUUCACAGCAGCACAGUGUGAGAAUCAGUGGAGCUGUGGAGGAGAGAAAGAUCACAGUUAUAAACACUCAUCACCUGUUCCAGCCGAAUCUCCAACACCAUCAGAUAACAGAGAGAGUGAGAGAGUGUGUGUCUCUGUCUGCUCCAGGACCUCAUGUGUUCAUACUCGUACUGCAGUAUAAGGACUUCAGAGAGAACGACAGACACAGAGUGAAAUAUCUGCUGAACCUCUUCAGUGAGCAGGCCAUGAAACACACUAUAGUGCUGACUACUGAUGAAGAGUCACGCGGAUUGAUGUCUUUUAUGAUCACAUAUAAUGCUAUUCAUGAUUUAAUAAAGGAGUGUGGAGGACAUCUACAGUUUGAUACAGUAAACACAGGAUGGCGCUCUGAGUUGUUCAGAAGAACAGAAGAGAUACUCAAGAAAGAACAUGUAGUAUUUCUCCUCUGUAACAUAUAUGAAGAUGGAGGUGAUGGAUCAUCAGUGGAUGGAGAUCGGAGCAGAUCUGGAGCUUCAGACAGAGACGACGAGAAAGAGAAGAAGGAUUCUGAUCUUAAAGAGAGCACAAAGACAGCAAGUGAUGGAAGAGCGACGACUGGAAAAACAAAGCUGAACAUUGUGCUGUGUGGAAAUAAUUCAACACUCAAGAACUUAGUGUCUAAAAUACUUAGAGGGACAAUAAAUAAACCAAUGAAUAAACUUUUACAUCAGAAAGAGAAGAGCAAUGAGGGUGUGAAGAAAGAGGCGAAGAUCAAUGGACGUCAGAUCAGUGUAAUAGAGCUUCCAGUUCUCACUCGUCUCUCAGAGGAGGAAGUGAUGCGUCAGACUCACUGCUGUGUGUCUCUCUGUCAUCCUGGAGUUCAUCUUUUCAUCCUCGUUACUCCUGUCAGUCCACUUACUGAUGAAGACAGAGCAGAAAUGGAGAAGACUAAAAAUAUAUUUUACUCACAAGAGCAUUUCAUGGUGUUUUUCUUUACUGAAGACACUGUUAACAAAAGUGUGACAGAUUUUGUAGCGUCCACAGAAUCUCAGAGGAUCGUGAGUCUCUAUGGGAGCUGGUGUGAUGUGAUGGGGUUACAGGACCAGAGAAACCCAGAACAGAUCUUAAAGAUUAUAGAUGCUAUAGACCGCAUAAAGACUGAACCCUAUUCUCUUCAGAUGUAUAUGAGAUCUCCAGAGAGGAGAGUCAGACAUGAACUAGAGGAGAAACUGAGAGUGAGAGACAAUGAAAUCGAAGAGUUACAGAAGAAGAUCAGGACACUGGAUCCAGAGGGUGUGAAGCUGAAUCUGCUUGUGUGUGGGAGUAACAGAGAAUUAAAAUCCUUCACAUCAAACCUGAUCCUGAAGCAGAGCAAGAGAAGAUCAGAGCUGAUCUCAGAGUGUGUGAGGAGAGACGUGGAGCUUGAUGGACGUCUGAUCAGUCUGGUGGAGCUUCCAGCUCUGUUCAACACUCAGCUCUCAGAGGAGGAAGUGAUGCGUCAGACUCACCGCUGUGUGUCUCUCUGUCAUCCUGGAGUUCAUGUGUUCAUCCUCAUCAUUCCUGAUGCUCCACUUAAUAAUGAAGACAGAGCAGAAAUAGAGGAGAUCCAGAGGAUAUUCAGCUCAAGAGUCAACAAACACAUCAUGAUCCUCAUAAAGCAGAAUUCAGAGCAUCAGACAGAAGAACUCAAUGAAGAAACACAGUCUGUCAUUGAGAGAUUUGGAGGACGACAACAUUUCAUCGGCCUCAACACACAAGUGUCUGAGUUGAUGAAGAAACUGGAACAGAUGGUUGAGGAAAAUAGUGGUGUUCGUUUCUCCACAGAGACAUUGAUGGAGGCACAGAUGGAGAAACUGCAGAAAUUAGAAGAAAUGAAGAAAAGAGUCCAUUCAUUCGAGACGUGGAUUCAGUCACAAGAUUCAAGAGAAAGAGAAGGUGAUCUGAGGAUUGUGCUGCUUGGAAAAACUGGAGCAGGGAAGAGUUCAACUGGAAACACCAUCUUAGACAGAGAAGCUUUUACAUCAGACUUGUCUGAAGAGUCUGUAACUAAAGUGUGUCAGAAAGAAAAAGCUCAAAUCAAUGACAGACACGUCACUGUGAUCGACACUCCAGGACUGUUUGAUACUGAACUCAGUAAUGAAGAAAUCCAGAGAGAAAUCAGCAACUGCAUCUCCAUGAUCCUGCCUGGACCACAUGUGUUUCUCUUACUGAUUCCACUCGGACGAUUCACUGAAGAAGAGAAAACAGCAGUGAAGAUCAUCCAAGAGAUGUUUGGAGAAAACUCUUUAAAGUACACCAUAGUGAUGUUUACCAAUGGAGAUAAACUGAGGAAUAAAACAAUCAAACAGUUUCUGGGAAAACCUGGGUCUGCUUUAAAUGAACUGAUUGAAGCGUGUGGAAACAGAUUCCAUGUGUUCAAUAAUAAUGAGACUAGAGACCAAACACAGGUGACUGAUCUACUGCAGAAGAUAGACAACAUGGUGAAAGAAAACGGAGAGAGUUACUACUCAUGUAAGAUGUUCAGAGAGAUGGAGAGAGAAAUACAGGAACAACAGAAGAACAUACUGAUGGAGAAAGUGGAGCAAGUGAACAGAGAAAAAGAAGAACUGAUGAUGAAACAUGAAGAAGAGAUAAAGAGAAUGAGGAUGAAGAUGGAGGAAGAACAACAGAAUCACGAGAAAGAGAGAAAGAGAAGAGAAGAAGAAUUUAUUGAGAGAGAAGAACGAUAUAAAAAAGACAUUAAAGAAAGAGAAGAACAAGAGAGAAAAAUACGAGAGGAGCUGAAGAGAAAACGAGAGGAAUGGGAGAAACAGAAACAACAGGAAAGUCAAAGAAGAGAAGAAGAGGAGGAGAAACAGAGAAAGAGAGAACAGGAAAUGACAAAUGAAUAUUAUCAGAGACUUAAAGAAGAGAAAGAGAGAAGAAUGAGAGAGAGAGAAGAUCUUCAGUUCAAACAUGAAGAAGAGAUGAAGAGAAUAAAGUUAUUGAUGGAGGAAGAAAAACAGAGGCGUGACAAAGAAGAAAAGAGAAGAGAAGAAGAAUUUAUUGAGAGAGAAAAGCAAUAUAAAAGAGACAUUAAAGAAAGAGAAGAACAAGAGAGAAAAAUACGAGAGGAGCUGAAGAGAGAACGAGAGGAAUGGGAGAAACAGAAACAACAGGAAAGACAAAGAAGAAAAGAAGAGGAGGAGAAAUGGAGAAAGAGUGAACAGGAAAUGUGGGAUGAAUAUAAUAAGAAACUUAAAAAAGAGAAAGAGAGAAUGAAGAUGAUGAUGGAGGAAGAAAGACAGAAUUACGAUCAAAUGAGAAAGAGAAUAGAAGAACAGGAUGAGAGAAGGAGAAAGAUAGAAAAGGAAACAUGGGAUGAAUAUUACGAGAAACUAAAACGAGAGAAAGAAAGAAGACUGAGAGAGAGAGAAGAACUUCAGUUCAAACAUGUAAAAGAGAGAGAGAGAAUGAAGAAGAUGAUGGAGGAAGAAACACAAAGGCGUAACAAAGACAGAAAGAGAAGAGAAGAAGAAUAUAGAGAGAGAGAAGAACAAUAUAAAAGAGACAUCAAAGAAAGAGAAGAACAAGAGAGAAAGAUAAGAGAGGAGCUGAAGAAAGAACGAGAGGAAUGGGAGAAACAGAAACGACAAAAAGAUGAAGAGGAGAAAGAAAGUUUUAGAUUUAAUGAACUUCAUACAGGAACUCCUGAGGCUCAGCACACAAACAAUGAUGAAGAUUCAGCAUCAGAUGCAGGAUGUUUGAGAAUCUUGCUGUUUGGGAGGACAGGAAGUGGAAAGUCUGCCACAGGAAACUCUAUCCUCAAAACAAAUGUGUUUCACAGUGAAGCCAGUUCACGUUUGGUGACCACUACUUGCACAAAGGUAACUGGUGAAGUUGAUGGUCGAUCAGUAGCUGUUAUUGAUACUCCAGGACUCUUUGACCCCUCACUGACAAAAGAACAAGUGCAGGAAGAAAUAAUGAAGUGUGUUUCUCUGUCAGCUCCUGGACCUCAUGUGUUUAUUAUUGUGUUGAGUUUGGGAAGAUUCACUCAAGAGGAGAGACACACUUUAGACAUGAUCAAGAUGAUCUUUGGCCCAAAAGCAGCAGAUUUCUGCAUUGUUCUCUACACCAGAGGAGACAAACUGAGAAAUCAAUCAAUAGAACAAUAUAUGGAGAACAAUACUGAACUCAAGAAACUGAUCAGAGACUGUGGAAACAGAUUCCUGGCUUUCAACAACACAGAAACACAAGACCAGACACAAGUUACUCAUAUGUUCAAUAUGAUAGACAAGGUGAAGAGAUCGAAUCAGGGCCGAUAUUUCACUAAUGAGAUGUUUGAGGAGGCAGCGAUCUCCAUUAAACAGAGAAUGAAAAAGAUAGACGAUAAUGAAAGGAAAAAUCAGGCUCAAAUUAAAGAAUUAAAAGCCAAAUAUGACGUGCAAUUAAAAAAAAACAUGAGAACAAGACUGGAGGAGAAGAAACAAAAGAUAGAUGCGGAAAGAGAGAGACUGAAGAAGAAGUUCAUAAAACAAGAGGAAACACUCAGAAUAGAGUUUGAGAAGAAAGAAGAAUCAGAUCAGAAGAAACGAGAGACAGAAGAUCAGAAACGAUCUGAAGAAGAGAAACAGCAAAGAGAUGAAUAUAAACAAAGAAUAGAGGAGAUGAAGAGAGAGAUUGAAGAUCAGAGAAUACAGUAUGAAGAAGAGAUAAAAGAAAAAGAAGAAGAAGAGAGAAAGAGAGAGGAAGAAUAUAAAAGAGAUCAAGAAAAUAUGAAAAAUGAUCACAAACAAAUCAUGACAGAGUUAAGAAAAGAACAGGAAAAGGAAAUAAAAAAGAGAGAUUCAGAGGAACAAAUGAUGAAGAAACAAGAAGAGAAAGACAGAGAAGAAUGGAUGAGAAAAAUAAAAAAGACUGAAAAUGACAAAGAGACUCAAGAAGAAAUUAAACGACAGAUGAGAGAAUGGGAGGAAGAGAAGAAACAACAGAUAAGAGAGAGAGAGGAAGAGGAAAGAGAGAGAAAAGAGAGACACGAGAAACAGCUGAGAGAAAAUCAAGAAGAACUGGAGGACAAGAGAAAGACAUUUGAAAGAGAGAGAGAAGAAGAAGAACAGAUAAUGGAAAAGGAGAGAGAGAGACAGAAAACAGAGAGAGAACAGAAGAACAGAGAAUAUGACGAAAUGAUAAAUGAAAUGGAAAGACAUUCUGAGCAGCUGGAGCGAGAGAGAAAAGAAGAGUGGAAGAGAAGAAAACAAAAGAAUGAAGAAAGACGAGUGGAGAAAAGAAAGAGAUGGGAGAAAAUGAUGGAAGAUCUGAAACAAGAGCAAGAAGAGGAGAUCAAGAGAAGAGAAAGAGAGGAGAGAGAAAUAAUAGACAGAGAAGAAAAAGAGUAUAAUGAAAUGAAACAGAAACAUGAAGAAGAAAUAGAGAAGAUGAAAAAGAAAUAUGAAGAUGAAGUCAGAAAACAAAGAGAAGAACUGAAUCAUUUCAGAGAGAAAGUAGAUCAGCAGGUUCAGGAGCUCAAGGAGAGACUUGAAGAGUUUCAAAAACAACUAAAUGAAGCGAAAAGAUUAAGAGAGGAGCUAGAAAGUAAAGAUGAUAAAGUGAAAAGUUUAGAAAAGGACCUAAAAAAUAAACGGUCAUGUCAUGUCAUGUGAAAUUUUAUUAAACAUUACUGAUGAGCCAAAUAAUUGGCACUGGUCUUCAGUAGUAAAUGUGAAGGGUCUCACUUUAUCGCUCUUUCUCUCUAGUGUAAGUGAGCGACUGUAUCUGUAUCUGUUCACAUCUGCUCCUUACACUUAGGGUGCUUUCACACGUGGUUCACUUGCCUGGUCCGAACCCGAGUUCGAUUGCCCCCCCUCCCCCUGCCCCCGCUGGACUGUGUUCAUAUUAUAAUAAUUUAGACUGAACCCCAGUUCGCUUGCUUCAUCAAGACAGCAGCUGUUUACCCUUUUGCUUAGUAACGACAGAGCAGGAGAAGGCGGUAAAUGCAUAACAUUACUCUCUGCACUUUUAUG